AUGUCGGUGCUCCGAAGCCUUCUUCGUCUUCGCACCGCCCUAUACAUCUGCGGCAGUCAGCCACCAUUUCGUCUCCUCCGUCCCUGGGAGUUUGCCGAUCUCUACGCCGACCUUGGAGCACACCCAUUCAUCACCACGGUACUGUCGAAGCAUACGACCACGAUGAUUGACACCCGGGCGGCCGAUGGGCUUCCACCGAACCCACAUGGACAGAACCUGGCUACUGUCGGCAUAAUCAUGUGCAUCAUCGCAGGCGUUCUGAUGACAUGCCGCUUGCUUACGCGCAUCUUCAUGGCCCACGCUGUAGGAUGGGAUGACUAUACCCUGGCCCUCUCCAUGUUGCUAGCGGUCGGCAUGACCACCUGCUUUCAGAUGGAGGUCUUCUAUGGCAUGGGGCUUCACACUGCCGACGUCGAGAACGCAAAUUAUAAGCAUACCUCACUACUUUGGCUAUGGAUCAAUCAAAUACUCUACAAGAUCGCCAACGGCGCAAUCAAGAUCUCCAUUGCACUCUUGUACCUGAGAAUCUUUCCGAGCAAGAGAUUUAAGUACACUGUUUGGGCCUUCAUUGGUUUCGUGAUCGCGUACUGCUUAGCAGCUCUUCUGCCAAGCAUAUUUCAAUGCAGUACCAUGACACUCAUUGCAGACGCCAUUCUGGUUGGCUUGCCUAUCUCAAAUCUGGUCAAACUGCAACUACCAAAAGCGCAAAGAAUCGCUCUGGUAUUCGUCUUCGGGCUCGGUAUCUUCGUCAUGGCAACCACGAUUGUGCGCCUGGUGUCGUUGAGUCCGCUCGCCUCUCAAGGUGACCUCUUAUGGUAUCAAGCAACAUCUAACAGUUGGGCGUUCCUCGAGAUCGACGUGUCCAUCAUCUGCGCCUCGAUACCUGUCCUCCGCGCACCAAUAGGCAUGCUGUUUCCUCGUGUCCUUGGCCGAUUGUCGACUCGCAAUGGAGCAGAGAGUGGUGGCCAGUACCAUGGCCAGUUCCGUUCAGGGACGGCUGCGCGUGUACCCGAAGGCAGUGCUAUUAGUAUGCAAGACCGCAUACAAUGGCAGAAGUCCACGGGCGGUAAUGCGUACGUUCGUGGAGUACAUGGUGGGAUUGACGACGAUGCUGCUAGCGAUGAGGAGCGCAUCUUGGGCGCCGAGGGCAUCCGGAAAACGACGGAGGUGACUUUUGGUUACGAUGAGUUGGAGCGGUCGAGAUCGGGGACUUUUGGACGAAGAUGA